CAUUAAGAUUACAAAAUGGAAACUUGUCCUAAAGGUGAGAAAACACUGCAAGUAAUCUUUAGUCAAGUCAGUAAAUACUAGAGACUAGAGAGAGACUAGAGUGAGAGAGAGAGAUUGCAGCUACCCCUCUCAAGAACAAAAGCUUUGCUUGGCAAGAUUCCAACUUCGGUCUGCUGUAAGCAUCCUUCCCUUUCUUGGUGCUUUGUCCCUGUCUUCCCUUCCCUUUACAUCCCCUCUCCUCGUUCUCUCCCUUCACAAUUCGCAAACAACUCUUGCUUGGCUAAAAAAGAAAAAGAAAAAUGUCAGACAAGGUCUUUCCUUCUUCAAAACCAGCAGCCAAUGGCACCGCCACGAACGCCACCACAAACAACCCGCCACCUGCCACCACAAACAAAUCCCACCUCUACAACCCUACUUCCCGCCUACCUUACCGUCCACAACCUCACACUCGCCGCCACCGUAGCCGUAGUGGCCGAAACAUCUGCUGCUGCUGUUGUUUCUGGACAAUCCUCACCAUCCUCUUGCUCCUCCUCCUCGCUGCCAUAGCCGGUGCUGCUCUUUACAUCCUUUACCGCCCUCACCGCCCUUCCUUCACCAUCACCUCCCUUCGUAUCCACCGCCUUAACCUCACCACAUCUCCCGACUCCUCCAGUUCCCAUCUUUCCACUCUCUUUAACCUCACAAUCAUUUCCAAGAAUCCCAAUUCACAUAUCUCGCUAGACUAUGAACCCUUCACUGUUUCUGCAUUAUCUGAUGGUAAUGAUGUGUUCCUUGGGAAUGGUACUUUACCUGCUUUUAGCUUGAGUAAAAAGAACCAGACAAGUUUUAGAAACGUUGUGGUUUCAGGCUCGAAUGACCUUGACGUGGAUACAGUAAAUUCAUUGAGAUCGGAUCUGAAGAAAAAGAAAAGUGAAAAUGGAUCGGUAAUGUUGAAGAUUGAGAUGGAUACAAAGGUGAAAAUGAAGGUGGGUGGAUUAAAGACAAAGAGAGUUGGGAUAAGAGUUACUUGUGAUGGGAUCAAAGGGUCUAUACCAAAAGGUAAGACACCAACUGUUGCUGUUACUGCUAAGUCCGAGUGUAAGGUUGAUCUAAGAAUCAAGAUUUGGAGGUGGACCUUUUGAAGCUUCUCCUUUCUGUUUUGUUUGUUUUUUGUUUUUCUCUUUGGUUUUAUAUUUUUGUGGUUUGUAAACUUUUGAGAAGUAUGAAAGUGCAAAUUAUGGAUUGAGAAAAAAAAAUGAUUGAAACUGUGAGUAGGUUAAUGAAAGGGAAAAAAAGGGUAUUGAAAUUAAGAAUUCUUUAAAUUUUAAUUAUAUUUCGGUGAUUCAAGUUAGUCUUCUGUGUUCUUGGCUGAUGUAUGUUCAGUAUUUUAGCGUCAAUGGUGUCUUCUUUCUUUUACACUAAUAAUCCUUGCUCAUAAGUGCGAUUUACCAGUUGUGUAAACAUUGUUAAGCAGUAAUUUUAGUGUAUGAAAGGCCAUGGAACUGCUCUGCUCCAAAUCUGGAGUUGUCAGAUUCCAGAAGAGAGCAAGAUGGGGUGGCUUGCUUGUGUUUUUUUCCCUUCAAGAAAAGGAAUGGAUGGGUCAGUGAUUUGGGCAUUUUUGGAUCUUUCUUAGUGUGAUAGUUGUUUGAUCUGAUGACUUUAUUUUCGAAGUAGCUGGUUUAUUUGGAAUCAUGUGUGGAGGUCACACAAAUGCAAGAGCACUGAAAUUGAUGGCAAAAUCACUUUUCAACAAUUUAUGCAAGCAAAUUGUGGAGAUCUUUAAUGGGGUCUCUCUCUGUUUAACGAGGUUCUCGCGUCCCAGUAACCUUCAAGCAAUGAAUAUUUUACAUC